AUGGAUCCAGAUACAUCUCGUGAACAAGAGAAAGUUCUAGAUCCAUCAAUAAUUGCCAAACAGCUUUCUCCAUUUGAACAAUGGGAGAUAGAACAUGAAGAUCUUGAGCUUCAAAAAAGAAUUGGAUCAGGUGGCUUUGCCGAAGUAUUUUAUGGAUAUAGAAAGAGUGAUGGCACAGUUGUUGCAAUCAAAAGGUUACGAAAUCAGCAGUUUGAUGCAAAAAUGCUUGAAAUGUUCAAACGAGAAGUCGGAAUCUUGGCCGGUCUUCGACAUUUUGCAAUUCUUCCAUUCGUAGGAGCAUGCACCAAGCCACCUUUCUGUAUUGUUACUGAAUUCAUGAGUGGUGGAUCUUUAUUUUCUCGAUUGCAUACGAAAGAAAUUACAAACAGGCUUUCGCCGACACAACUCUCAAUUAUAGCUCUCGGAGUUGCCUACGGUAUGGCAUUUUUACACGAUAAUCAAAUGCUUCAUCGCGAUCUUAAAUCAUUAAACAUCUUACUUGAUGCCGAAAACUUCCCAAAGAUAUGUGAUUUCGGCAUGGCAAGAGCUAAAAGUAAUAGUUCUGAGCCAAUGACAGGCGAAAUCGGCACAUCUCAAUGGAUGGCACCAGAAGUCUUAAUUUCACAGAAAUACGAUGAAAAAGCAGACGUUUAUAGCUACGGUAUCAUUCUCUGGGAGAUGUUAACAGGCGAUGUGCCUUACAGAGGCCUCAGAGAUAUUCAAAUCGCUAUGUCGGUCGUCAAUCAAAACAAUCGUCCUAAAAUACCAAAGAACUGUCCCCAUAACUUGGAAAAGUUCAUUAGAAUAUGCUGGGACUCAGAUCCGAGUAAAAGACCAGAUUUUAAUACAAUUGUACGAGCUCUCGAGUCAGGAGCAAUCUCAUUCCCAGGCACAGACAUUACCAAGCUCAAAGCCUACGUCGCACAGAUCUCAUCCGGUGUUGAAGACCACAUUGACCUUGAUGAGGCUUCAUCUGUCGAAAUUGACGUGAAAUCAUUGACCAAUGCCCGAUUGGCCGAUCUUCUGAAUGGAUUUAUCAACGGAACAGGCACGAUUCUCCCAUUAAUUGCCGCAUUAAACGAUGAAGAAAAUCUAAAGAAGGUUGCGAAGCUCGACGUUAUGCCUCUCCUUGUAAAAAAGAUUGCCACGUGCACGGACAGCCAUGCUUCCACAUGUUUGAUCGCAUUAACAGCAGAACUUUUCAGAGAUGAAUCACAAAUUGAACCUUUCAUCAAAAACGGAGGUCCAAUUGCCACAUUAGACAUUCUUACAAGACUAAGCACUAGUAGUAUUCCUCAGUUACUCGAUUGUCUGCUUGUAAUCGCUAAACACAGUAAUGUUUCAUUCACAGCAUCACACAUUCAAAAAGUGUCACCUUUUCUUUUAGUUGCAGAUUUAAGUACAAGGGAAAACGCGUUGAAUUUACUUGAUCUGAUACUGCAACGUAAGCUUUAUGAAGAAGUUGAUGCUUUCAAUCCAUCGAUAGAGAAUUUAAUAAGAAAUGCAGCUCCAGAAUCGAAAACUGAUCUUUUGAAAAAAGUUUUGGUUUUGAUGUUGAAAUUGUCACUUUUUUCAUCUGUAAAACAACAGAUGAAAAAUUCGGAUGGUAUUGAUAGAGUAUGUCCAUUAAUUGCGCAUGAGAAUACUUCAAUUAUAUCAAUGAGUUUGAAGUUAAUUCGGAAUUUACUUGAUGAUCAAACAACUCCGAAAUUACACACAAUUUCUGAAUUUGUCAGGAGUUUUCCAGGAGCUGUUUCCAACGGAGACAUCAAUGUACAGAGGGAAGCAUUGCAGACAUUGUCAUGUAUGAUGAGAUACCAACAGUUAUACAAAGAAGUAUCGCAAAUCAGGACUUUUCCUGGUUCUUUUUCACAGUUAAUUUCCGGUUUUGAUCAAAUCAACAAAAUUUUGUCUCUCGAUUUGUGUUACAAAUUCUGCGUCGACAAAGCAACGGAACCACUCUUUAAGGCCAUGAUGCACAUGUUCCUUGUAUGCCUUGACAAUGACAAGGACGAUGACAACUGUUUAGUCCUCGCCAGUUCUUGUGCAACUGCUUUAAUCGCAUCGGAAAAUUUGGAAAUUGUGAAUAAUUCUGACAGUCAAAUCCUCAAAAAUUUCCUGUCAAAAAGUUUAGAAAACAAAAAUCUUUUGGUAGUAGAAAGUGGUCUGAGAAUGAUAGGAACUCUUAGUACUUCAAUAGAUGGUGCAAACUUGAUGGAUGAAUGGGGAAUUUCUGUUGUUGUGUCAGAUUUAAUGAAGAAAAGUGACAAUGAAGAAAUUCGGUCAUUAUCUGUUAUGUGUAUGGCUGCUAUGUCAGCAGCUAUUCCUGAUGCGAAAGUGAUGUUAGAUUCAGUAGAGACUUUCUUUGAAAUGUCGAGAAUUUCUAAUUUCGGUGUUUAUCCAUUGAUUUGUAUUUCGAAUGUAACUGUUGAUCCGAAUUGUGCUGCAGCUUGUGUUCCAUUUUUAAGAGAUCUCUUGAAUCUUUUAAAGAAUGGUGAUAAGAAUACAAGGAAACGGGCUUUGAGUACAAUCCAUAGAAUACUAAUAACUCCGGAAGCUUCUGAUAUUUUGGAUGAUAAAACAAACAUUAUUGAGUUGAUUAAAUCAACAUUUGAGUUCUGGAAAACUGAUGAUGCAUCGAUUUUAUCUGAUAUUUUCGACAGUGUUUCAGCUGUUUCUGUCCCUUGCAAAGUAAUGAUGGAAAAUGGAAUGUUGGAUGUAAUUGUUCAGAAGCUGAAAUCAUGUAAAAUUAAUGACCCAAUGAGACCUAAGUUAAUAAGAAUCAAAUCAAGAUUAACUCCAUCCAAGAAUAAUUAA